AUGGCAUUCACAGGUCUCCAGAUGUUCAUGGACAGCUUGAAGAAGCUCAUCCAUGGCAACCAUCAUCCACUCAUCAAUAACAAUCCAAUGGUUUUAUCUGAAAGGCAUCAGUUCCAACUGCUUUAUCAAGAGCUUGCCUCCAUCAUUCAAAUCCUUUCCAAUAUCCAUCAACAUCAUCCUCACCUAUAUGAGCUUAAAAAAGUUAGAGAUCUCAAGGGAAGAUUCAAAGAUGCAGCAGAAAAAGCACAAGAUAUGAUUGAUUUAUUUAUAUCUGCUGUUCACUUGACAAACAUAGGACUUUCCCCUAGAUCAGAUGUCUUUCAAAUCUCCCUGGAUCUUAACAAUGUUAUGAGAUCCAUCAAAUCUAUCAAGGUGGAAUUCAUGACUAUCAACAUUGAUAACAUAAAGAUGGAUUCGUCUUCAAGAAUCGACCACCUCAAAACUCAGUCUGCUGAUGAGGAUGAUGCUGGUAGAAGUACUUCCAGUACCAGAAGUCAUUUAGGAACAAGGAAACCAUUGGAAGAAAUUAUUGUGGGGCUUGAUCGUGAUGCUAAGAUCGUACGGGACAAAAUUGCUGAAGAUACAAAACAACUGAGUGUCAUCUCUAUUGUAGGUAUGGGCGGACUAGGUAAGACUACCCUGGCUACUAAACUAUUCAAUGAUUGUUUUUUCAAGUAUCAUUUUCAUGUCCGUGCAUGGGUUACUGUUUCUCAAACAUAUAAAAAAAGACAUUUGUUGAUUCAAAUUCUGACAUCCAUGGGUGUUCAAGACCUUGAAAAAAAAAACGAGUCUAAACUUCGUGAGAAGUUGCACAAGAACCUAAUAGGUAGGAGAUAUUUGAUUGUGAUUGAUGAUAUCUGGAGCAUUGAGGCAUGGGAUGAAUUGAAAUUGUUUCUUCCCCAUGAGAACACGGGAAGUAGAAUUCUGCUCACAAGUCGCCUCAAUGAAGUUGCGUUGCAUGUAAAACCACACGGGUUUGUCCACUCCUUGUCUUAUUUGACAGAAGAAGAAAGCUGGGAGCUAUUGAAACAGAAGGUGUUCCAYGGCGAUGAGUGUCCCGAGYGGUUGAUUAAACCCGGAAUGCAWAUUGCAAAAAAAUGUCAGGGACUACCUCUUUCAUUGGUUGUCAUGGCAGGAGUUCUAGCAAAAGAACCAAUGAGMAAAGAUUUGUGGGAAAAAAUUGCUUGUAGCAUCGGUUCAUACAUUGUUAAUGACCACAAAGGAAACCUGGAAACACUAGCUUUAAGUUACCAYCAUUUACCUCAUCGCUUGAGAGAGUGCUUUCUUUAUCUAGGAGGCUUCCCAGAAGACUUCGGGUUUGUUGUAGAAAAGUUGAUAUGGUUAUGGGUAGCUGAGGGAUUUAUUGAAGAAGCUGAAAAUCGAAGCUUGGAGGAUAUUGCAAAGGCUUACCUUAUGGAUCUAAUCAACAGAAAUCUUGUAAUUGCUGCAAAGAGGAAUGUAAUUGGUGAUGUGAAAGCUUGUAAACUCCAUGAUCUUGUGAGGGAACUAUGCCUGCAAAAAGCAAAGGAAGAAAGAUUCUUCCUUAAAAUAGAUUCUCCGCGAUUGUCUUCUCAACUUCGUGAGGUUAUUACAGGUAGUCCACGCCACGUGUUCACAAAUGAAGACAUCAGCAUUGUGAACUUCACUUUCUUCCCCACCCAAACCAUUCAAUCGCUUUUGUGCUUUCAUAAGAAGAUACGCUCGAUUGAAGUCAUUGCAUGUUCCUUUCUGCUUCUUAAGGUGUUAGAUCUACAAAGCUAUCUAUUGAAUGAUUUUGCACAGGAGUUGGUAUUACUAGUCCACUUAAGGUACCUUGCAAUUUGGUAUUCAUCUAAAUUCCCAUACUCAAUAUGCAAAUUAUGGAACCUUCAAACCCUCAUUCUUCAAACAGAUCCUUUUGUCAGUGAGCGUUUUGCUCAUAACAUACAAGAGUUGGUAAAUUUGAGGCAUUUGUGGAGUAACACCUUGCUUUAUCUUUCUUAUAUUGGAAAACCGAUGAAUUUGCAAUCCAUUUCGAAUGUGGUGUUCAAAGAUGGGGUAGAUAAUCUUCAGAAAUGUUUUCCCAGCAUCAAGAAGCUUGCAUUAAGUUGUUUCAAGGAUGACGGAUAUCACUUUGAGUUGCUCCCUUACCUUGAAACCUUGAAGUUAAGGGGGUCGGGUUUGCGACAGAAUCAUAUUUUGUUCCCUGCAACUUUGAAAAAACUUACACUCGUAUUUUGUUUUCUACCAUGGAGCCAUAUGUCAAUCAUUCAAUCAUUACCUAACCUGGAGGUUCUCAAGCUAAAAUUCGAUGCCUUUACGGGAACACAAUGGGAUUCAUGUGAGCAGCAGUUUCGACAACUAAAACUCUUGACGCUUCAGAGUAUAAAUAUCAAACACUGGGAAGCCUCUACUACAAGCUUCCCAUGUCUCAAACGAUUAUCAUUGUUGAACUGCUACAAUCUGGAAGAGAUCCCCCUUGAAAUAGGGGAAAUCGCGACGCUUGAGCUUAUUGAAACGGACAGCAGGAGCAACUCUGUUGUGGAAUCUGUAGAAAGAAUUCAACAAGAACAACGCGAUGCGGGAAACAAUGAGCUGAAUAUCACUGUUGAUGGAAUGGAGUUAUCCUUCUAUUUGUCUCGACAUGAGGGUUCAAAGUCUGAAUGA